AAGAUCCUCCCUCCCCACCAGAGAGGCACCCCCAAUUGCCCUUAAACUAGUUCUCUAGCUUCCCAGCCAUGUCUUCCAACAAGCUGUCGGCCACCAUUCUAGUCGUCUCUCUCCUUUGCUACUCCACGGUCACUACCGCUUGCAGUGGAUGCCUGCCGUACCCGACUCCUCUGGAGGAGCCACACUGGACUCCUCAGGAGGAGUUAGGUACGGCUCCUCCGGAGGAGUCCGCGGCUCCUCCGAUGGAGUCAGGUAUGACUCCUCCGAUGGAGUCAGGUAUGGCUCCUCCGGAGGAGCCGUGCCUAACUCCUCCGGAGGAGCCGCACUGGACUCCUCCGCAGCCGCACUGGACUCCUCCGCACUGGACUCCUCCGGAGGAGUUUUGUCCGAGGGACGUGUUGAAGCUCGGAGUUUGCGCCAACCUUCUCGGACUUAUUCCCAUUGCUAUCGGACCCCCUCCUUCGUACGAGUGUUGUGCAGUGCUUAAAGGGUUGGUUGACCUAGAAGCUGCCGUAUGUCUUUGCACUGCCAUUAAGGCCAAUGUGCUUGGAAUAAACUUGGACGUGCCUUUUGCACUUAGCUUACUUGUUAGUGCUUGCCAAAAGGAAGUUCCUCCUGGCUUCGAAUGUAUAUAGGAAACUAAGGGCUCGGCUGAUCAUCUCAGUUUGUUCUGCCCUACUGCAUGUGUUCUUUAUUAGCUUUCAAGGUGUGUUUCUUGUUGUUGUUAUUGGUGGGUUUGUUUUCUUUUUGCUUUUUCCAUAGAGUAAUGUGUGAUUUGUUCAAAUAAGUAGGCAAACUUUUUUGCCCUAAUCAAUGUGUGUUUAUCAGAAUUAAUUCAUAUAUUUUCAGACUAUGCAUUUCUUCA